UAUAAAAAAUUAUUCCCGGUAAAAAAUAUUUUAUAUUUAUAAAUUAGACUUAAGUAAAUAAUUACAAUUGGUUAUUAUUUCGACUGAUUAUAUGUAAAUUAAUAUAGUUAAAAUUGUGAUAUACAAUGAUUAUUCUUAAACCAUCAUGGAUUUCUCACAACGGUAUGCCGAUAUUUUCUAUCGAUAUUCAUCCGGACGGUACUCGGUUAGCUACCGGGGGACAAGGAAGAGACUCUGGUUUAGUAAUGUUGUGGAAUACUGCUGCAGUAUUAGAUGAAAACAAAGAAAAUGAUGAAAAUGUGCCAAAAAUUCUGUGCCAAGUGGACAGUCAUUUAGCUUGUGUGAACUGUGUUCGUUGGAGCUCAUCUGGUAAAUAUUUAGCUUCUGGCGGAGAUGAUAAAAUUAUUAUGAUAUGGUCGUUGACUAAGUAUCCUAAUAGUGGAAAUGUCGUAUUCGGUACCAAAAAUAUUGUAAACAUUGAAACAUGGAAAUGUAUGUUUACAUUACGAUCACAUUCAGGUGACAUUCUUGACCUGGCUUGGUCGCCUCACGAUACAUAUUUAGCCUCGUGUUCAGUUGAUAAUACAAUUAUUAUAUGGGAUGCUCAAAAAUUUCCUACCGUUCAUAAAGUACUCAAUGGUCAUACUGGACUGGUUAAAGGUGUAUCAUGGGAUCCGAUUGGAAAAUAUCUUUCAUCACAGUCUGAUGAUAAAUCAUUGAGAAUAUGGAGAACAUCUGACUGGCAAACGGAUACUAUUGUCACUACACCUUUUCAAGAUUGUGGUGGAAAUACAGCCGUGUUAAGACAUAGUUGGUCUCCCGAUGGCCAAUAUUUAAUAUCAGCCCAUGCGACAAAUAAUACAGGUCCAGUCGCUAAAGUUAUAGAACGAGAUGGUUGGACGUAUGAAAAAGAUUAUGUAGGACAUAGAAAAGCUGUAAACUGCGUGCGAUUUAGUAAUUCAAUAAUGGAACGUAAGAUCGGAAAGAAAAUACUUAAAACGUGUUUGUGUGCUUUGGGCUCAAGAGAUUCUAAUGUAUCAGUUUGGCUAACUGGGCUUAGUAGACCUAUUGUAGUUCUCGAAAGUUUAUUUCAAGGGCCCGUUUUAGACUUGUCUUGGUCAAAAAACGGUUUAAACCUCUAUGCUUGUUCAUUUGAUGGUUCCAUAGCAAUAUUUUUGUUCAACCAAAAAGAUAUAGGUAAAGCACUAACAGACCACGAAAAAAAUUCCAUAUUCGAAAAAAUGUACGGAGUAUCUCUGUUUCAACGUCAGAACAACACAGUGUUAAUUGAAAACCCGGCAAUUUUGAAAAUGAAUGGUGUUCAGUCUCAAACUGCAACAGAAGAACGUUCAUUUAUAAAAGAAAUUAAAUUACCUCCUAAACCAUUACCUCCAAUACUAAAAAAACAGAUUGAAACCCGAACCUCAGACGGUCGUCGACGUAUCACUCCAAUUUUCAUACCACCAACUCCAGAUAAUACAGAAGAAAUCAGUGUUUUACCAUUCUCAUCGUCCUGUGAAAGCAAAAGUCAAGUAGUCGUUGAAAGGAUUGAUGACAUUAUUGAACCUAAUAUAAGUAACAGUUGUAGUAAUUUUAGUAGUCAAGAAUCUCAAACACCGAAAAUUAUUGAUUCAACAGUGCUAAAAAAUCCACCAACAUCAGUAUUGCAAAUAUCUCCUAACAGAAAUGAUUCCAAAAAAAAAUCAGAAACACAAACAUCAAAUUCAAAUGUAUUUCCUAUCAAGAAAAUAAAAUUUAAUGUUGUUGAUGAACAAUCUGAAGAUGUUCCAUUAUUCAGAUCUGAACCCAAUUUUAGUCAAUGUAGCGCACAACAACGAAGAUUUACUAUUUCCAAUCAAGGAACCGAUAAAGUCAUUGUAGAAAAUGACAAAUGUAGUACGAAAAGUGGUCCGAUUUCAAAGAUAAAAGUAUAUGCUAAUGCCUCUGUCAUUUGGGAAAAAGUAUUCAAUUCUAAUGUAGUUCAAUACUGUACUAAUAAAACUUUGUCAAUAUUAAUUGUGGCAUUACAUAAUGCUACAAUACAUUUAUUAGAAUCAAAAAAUGGUAUCCCUAUAUGUCCACCUUACGUAUUAUCAUCACCUGUAACUUCAAUAAGUUCAAACAACAAUCAUUUAUUAUGUAUAACGCAAAAUACGAUAUCCGUUUGGGACAUUUGUGAACAAGUAUGUAUUUUGUACGAAGAAAAACUUAACACUUUAGGCUGUUCUAAUAAAAAUAAACCAGUUAAUGUACAAAAAUGUAUGUUAACUGAAAACGGAACGUCAGUAAUAACAUUAACUACAGGCAAAUCCUAUAUGUUUUCUUCAAGGACAAAAUGUUGGAUGAUGAUUGGAGACAGUGGAGAUCCGAUUUAUUCUAACUCUGCUCAAAAAAAUAAACACAAUGAGUUGAAUAAAAACAAUUCAAAGUACCCGUUAAGCGUUAUGCAAUCUUAUAAUUCAAAGUAUAAAUCCAACUUGGAGUUUAACGAUUGCGAUGGAAUGAGUGCUCUGUGUUCAAAAGCUUUUUUGGAACAACAGAUGGCCGCAUCUCUAGCUUUGGGCUCUGAUAAAGAGUACAAGUAUUGGUUAUUGGCAUUGGUUUCGUUUUUAACUGAAAGAGAAGAUGGCGAUAGUUUAAGAUACUUAUGCCAAAGUCUAUUAGGAAAUUCUCAUGGUUAUCCGAAACUUAAACAAAAUCAGACGGUAUUAGGUAUGUCUAAACAUGAACUAUUAAAAGAAGUAUUGAUAAUAGUCGCUGGCUCGAGAAACACUCAAAGAAUAUUUACUGAAUUUCACGAUCAACUAGAACAACUUUCUUGAUAACAUUUAACAAAAUAAUAAAUGUUUCUAUUGGCAUAAAAAAUAUAUGUAUUUUUUAUGAAAUCAAACUACAUUUUUAAUAUAUGAAAAUCAGAUUAUUUUUAAUAUUUUAUGUUACCCCUUCCAUAAGUCUAAAUAUAGUUAAAUAUAAUUAUUUAAUAAAAAUUAACCAUGUUUCAAUAAGUUUCUAUUUAUAUAUAAUAAGCAUUGUUAAAGGUUUUCAAAAUCUACAUUACAUUGUCGUCUGUUAUAAAUUUAUUAUUGUAUUUACUUAUACUCUUUUCAUUUAGACUAAAAUAAUUGU